CCGCCAGCAGCGGCGGUCGAGGCACACACGCAGCGGCUCGUGCUCGGGACAUCAAAGCUCGACUGAUUACAAAGUAACAACCGCGUCGCGUCAUCAAACAUCAGAGAGUCGCCGCACGCGGGGAUUUCCAGGGAGUCCGCGAGCUCGCUGAAGUGCGCGCAAAGAAAGAAAAGAGGAAUCGGACAGGCGCGUGGUCAUCACGAGGCAGUUUCAGUGGGCUGUAGUGUUGCAUUCGCUUGUUGCCAUGCAAAUAUACGUCCUGUUCACUGUAUAGAGAGACAGAUCACCCGGAUUACUGCUGCACGACGUUGUUUGACAUUCUGUGCGUUUACAGCGACAUGGGAGAAAGAGCUCCGUCUGUCCAGUGAGAAUGUUUCCAUUGCACAGAGAGAGGGAGCAGCCCAUCUUCAGCACACGAGCUCAUGUGUUCCAAAUCGAUCCUUCCACCAAACGCAACUGGAUUCCCGCCAGCAAGCAUGCGGUCACCGUCUCCUUCUUUUAUGAUGCGAACAGACAUGCCUACCGCAUCAUCAGUGUGGGCGGGACCAAGGCGAUUAUUAACAGCACUGUCAGCCCCAACAUGACCUUCACCAAGACGUCACAGAAGUUCGGUCAGUGGGCCGACAGCAGAGCAAACACUGUUUAUGGCCUCGGCUUUGCUACAGAACAGCAGCUGCAUCAGUUUGCAGAGCGUUUUAAGGAGGUGAAAGAAGCAGCACGUCUUGCCCGAGAGAGGUCGCAGGAGAAGAUGGAGUUGAGCAACGCGGCGCUCAGCAUCGCAGCUCCACAGGAUCUGUCGGAUGAGCUUCAGUCUCCUCUGGCGAUGUGUGUGAACGGACCGGAGGACAAACUCUUCAGGAGUCAGAGUGCUGACAUAACGCUGUGUUCAGAGAAAGAGCGCAUUAAAAAGAUGCUGUCAGAAGGGUCGAUCUGUGAGAUGAAUUUUGAGGCCGAGCUCUUCACCUUACAGGACAGUAAUGCUAAACUGGUGGCAGCACUGCACGAGGCCAACGCAAACGUGGAACAGUGGAAGAAACAGCUGGUGGCGUAUCAGGAGGAGACGGACAGAUUACGAGAUCAGAUAGCUGAACUGGAGGCUCAUGGAGCUCAAGGACCCAGUGACAUGUUGAAAGAUGAACUGACUCAGUCUCUGGAGGAACUGGAGAACUUACUGAAGGCAAAAGAUGAGGAGAUUCGUAUUCUUCAGAGUAAAAAAUCUGACUUACAUGAGCUGGAGCAGGAGAGAGAGGAGGCCAUCCACAGAAUACAGGAGUUAGAGAUGCGUAACGUCGAGCUUGAGCGGCGGGUGCAGAACGCAGAGCAGAAUCUGGCCUCCGCACUGGAGGACCGCGACCGGGCCGAACACGAGGUCCAGAGGGUCAUUCAGAUCCUCGAUGUCAAGAUCUUUGACCUCAAUGACCUUCGACAGAGUCUGGUCAAGCUGAUCAGUAAAUAAUCUGAUUUGAGAUCAGUGCCGGAGACACUUGAUAGACGGCCGCUGCGAGAAGUUCAGUUCAGUCCACAGUUCAGAGCACAGUGACAGCACACCGAUACAAGCACCGUUAUUUACAUUUCUUUGCUUUGUUUUACCGAGUAAAUGUUUUUUUAUUUCAAGCAUAGCAAUAAACUUCAGCAGAGAUGAGGAUACAUCUGUAGAAAUAAACAACGAUGGUGUUUUUGUACACCGGAAACGCCUCGCGCGACUGGGAAGGUUUAUUUUUGGAUACGGUUUGUGGAAAACACUGUUCGUUGGGAAGGUUUAUUAUCACUCACACUAAACAUUGCAUAUUGAUUUACAAUAACCAGUUAUAAAAGAUAAACCUGACAUAAUGAGCCAUCCAUAAUGUUUUUUUUCAUUCAUUUUACAUUUGAUAGUGAUUUUUUUUCCCACUUUUAUUCACUUUUUAAAAACAUUAACCUCAAAAAAACAUUUUUGGGAGAUAUGAGCAAAAUCUAAAUCAUUCAUUCAUGGUUCACCAUUCAAGGUUGACGAAAGUGAUGUACAGAAAUAAUAUCAUCAAUAAAAAAAGUUAAAAACCUAACGCAUAUACUACCGGUCAAAAGUUUUUGGACACUUAUGGGUUCAUUUUUUUCAAUAUUUUAGAAUAAUAAUCAGCUCAUCAAAAUUAUGAAAUAAAACAGAGGGAACUGUGGAAAUUGUUGUAAUAAAAAAAAUUAAAACCUUUUGACUCGAAUUUGCAAAGAUGUUUUCUUGUUAUUUUCUCAAGCAGAUUCUUGAAGUCUCACCCUGAGAUGCUUCUUACAAUAUUAAAAAAAGGUCUCAUCUAUUCUGUGCUCUUAUUGGCUGCUCUUUCUUCAGUAUUCAGUCAAAGUCAUCCAUAAACAUUUUUAUGAAAUAAAAUGUUAGUUUUGUCAGGUUUUUUUUAAAUAACGGAAAACAUUUCACUCGACUGUCACAAAACUUUUGACCGGUAGUGUAUACAGACUUAGAAGUCUUAAGAAAAUUUAAGGCCACAAUAAGUGAAUUCUGAGCCUUUAUUUCAAUCUUGUUUUGGCAAACUCAAAAAAGCGAAAUCUUUUUGCACAUGGAAAAACAUCAGAAGUUGCAAAGAAGUUACAAGUAUCAUAAGAGUUACAUCGUCCAAACAUUAUCACUUCUCAAAGACUAAGAUGUUUUGUUCCUUAAUUUCAGUUUCUGUAGACAAACGAACUCCACCACCCUUGUAGUGUUUAUUAAGUUUUAGUGAAAAAUAAAAAAGGGAAUAAAGUAAAAGACACCCCAUAAUUUAUGAAAAAUGAAACCCAACAUGUUUACUGGCUUGGGAAAGAUGUGUCAUGUUUUUGACAUUUUCAGACACUUUAUUCUCUGUAGAAUCAGUGUGUUUUAUACUGGUGUGAAUGUGGAUCACAGCUGGAGUGUGUAAACCAAAGACCAGCUUGAAUGUGGCGGUGACAAACCUCUGUAUGUUCAUACUGUGGAAUGCUUAACAUAGAGUUUAAAUUAGAGAAAUAUACAAGUAGAUAGAAAUAAACAAUUGCUCUGUUAUCAUAGUAUGUUAAGAAAUCCGUGGUGCUCACGGGGAGUUUUAUAUUUAAGAAUAGAUGUAGUUCUGCAUUGCGAUUGAGCUCAUGAAUGCAUCUUGGUUCGUAGUUCCGUCAUUCUGCAUUGAUACAGCUUUAUAGAUCUAAUAAAGCCAUAGGCUGUAAUGGUUGUAGUGGAUGUAUUUGUGGCUUUGAGCUGCAGUAUAAAGUGCCAACAGCUUGUUUCUGCCAGACAAUUAGAACACAACACCGUAAGGCACAAACACACGGCACUGUAGGAUCAAAUAGAGUAACAUUUUUGUAUUAACACUUCAUGCAGUACUUCAAAAUGUGUACUGCUUUAUAUAAUCUACAGAGAGCAUGUGUGUGAUGAAUUACAAGAACUGUACCGACUGUUAUAAGAUGCAUCUGCUUGUCUUAACAGACAUUUCACUUAUGUAAGACUUCUUUUCACACAAGCCCAGAUAUGAGCUUUUGCAGACGCCUGCACAGGAGUCAAUGUAUUCUGCGUCUUCUGAAAACAAAAGACUGAUGGACUGCAAAUAGUUUUCAUAUUACACAGAGUCAGUUUAUACUGUGCUAAAGCAACAAGCUUCAGGAACAAACAAAUAUUGUCUAUACAAAGUUCUCCGAAUAAAAAAAAUAAAAAUCUGUUUGUGUUUGUUUUGAAUUAACACAUCAAUGUGACCUAACACUAACUUUUUUUUUCAGUGACACCUAAUUUUCAGACAUCUUGGUAUCAGAAAUUAGC